AUACCAAGCCGGGUAUAUUGUUCAAACGCGUUAUAAGAUAGUGCCUUGACUUUGACUACUUGAUGUUUCUGAAUGCUUGACUUCAGACAAAUGAUUACUGAUACCACAAUGGAUUUUUGUGCAGUAUUAUUAGCCGCUGGAAAAGGGCAUAAGCUCAAAGAUCUGACAGAAAAUUGUCCUAAAUUUUUGCUACCCAUUGCGAAUCGACCGAUGAUAUACUACCCCUUGAAAAUAUUGCUGAAUGCAGGCUUUCGACAAAUAGUUAUCAUAAUUGCAGAAAAAGACACGAGAAAGCUGAAAGAAGCAUUGAAGAGCCAUCUGGAUAUGAGUGAAAUUAACCGAAUCAAAACUUGCAUAAUAAAUGCCGAAGAUGAUCUUGGUACAUUAGAAGCCAUAGUUCAUUACAAAGAUUCAAUUUUACCUGAUACUACAUCUCAACAUUUGUGUGUUUUUUCAUGCGACACCAUUAUCAACUUCGAUAUUCAACCACUAUGUGAUUUGAAUAGGAUUUAUGACUGUCCAAUAGCCUUGGCAUUGAGCAAAAACAGUCUGAAGCAAAGCGAAGUUGUCAAAAUAGGGCUUCGUUUGAAGUCUAAAAAGAAGUUUACAGAUGUGGUCGGACUAAAUGAAUCGGAAGCAAAGAUUUGUUUCUACCAGGCUGAAGAAGAAAUCCAAGAUCAAAUUGUAAUACCAAACAUCUCACCUACCUCUAGAAUCAAAUUACUCACUCAACUCGUGGACCCGCAUGUCUAUAUAAUUUCGAAGCAGCUUUUAGAUACGGUUUCUUUAGAUGAGAAGCUGCGGGUUAAUUUGACUCGGAUAAAGUCGGAAGCAAUUCCUUACAUUGUGAGAAAAAGUGACCAUAGUGGUGACAGUUUUGUGAGCGAAAAGGGCGAUGCCACAAAAGGAGACCAUUUGUUUGAACCGUGUCGCUAUCUUAUGUUGAGCUCUGAUGUGCUGGUUUGGCGAGCAGACUCAAUAAAUAAUUUUUACGAGGCAAAUCGAAGAAUAUUACAGCUCACAAUAAGUUCAGCUCGUCAGGCGAAAAACGAGUCGAUGAAAUGUGCUGUUUUCGACUGUCCUUCAAACUCAACUGUAAUUGGGACAAAUCUUAUUGGGAACAAUACAAGUUUUAGCGAUGAAGUUAAAAAUAAGAAGAACGAAUCAGUAAAAAAUAAUGUCAUCGGCAGCGAUUGCCACAUUGGAAAAUCGAAAUUGAUUGGAUGUGUGCUGUUCAGCAAUGUAGUUAUCGGCAACAAUUGUGUCCUGGAGAAUUGCAUUUUGGCCAAUCACAGUAGAGUAGAAGAUGGCUGUGAAAUGAACAACGUGCUAGUCGCUGCUUCGCAAACUGUGCAAACCAAAUCUAAAUUGAGCCAUGAAACAGUAAAGAAAAUUGUACAAUUUCAAUAAACUUAUUUAAAUCUAUUUGAACUGA